AUGAGUCAGCGUCAGACCCUUCUUUCGCCCGAACUUGCCCAAAGGUUGGCUGCCAUCGAUAUCGGCACCAACAGCAUUCGGCUCAUCAUUGCCGAGCCGCUCACCGACGGAGGCUAUCGGGUACUGGACGACGAGCGUGAGUCGACCCGACUCGGUAAGAAUCUUUCGGCAACCGGCCAUCUCGAUCCCGAUGCAGUCGAUCGCUCGAUGGCAACGCUCAAGCGGAUGAAGCUAAUUGCUGAAGGGUAUCAGGUCCGUCAGAUGAGGGUCAUCGCCACCAGUGCGGUUCGUGAAGCAGACGACGGCGAGGCCUUCUGCCAACGCGCCAAAGAAGAGCUGGAUCUCGAAAUCGAGGUGAUCACGGCCGAGACCGAGGCCCGAUUGGCAUUCCUGGGCAUCACUCGCAGCUUCGACCUCACCGGGAAGAAUGUCGCGGUGGCCGACAUUGGGGGAGGAAGCACCGAGUUGGUACUGGCCUCCGGCAACUUCAUCGAAGCCAUCCAGGCAACGCAGUUGGGCGCCGUGAGGAUGACCGAACGUUACGGCGGAGAUGGAGCGUGGAGUGCGGAGGCUUACAAGCAACUGCAAGAGGCCAUCGACCAGGAGCUCCAGCGGGGAUUGAAGCAUGUGCCCUUCCCGCCCUACUUGCUGAUCGGGUCUGGCGGCACCUUCACCACUUUGGCGUCGAUUCUCAUGGCCAGCAAAGGCCAAGACGGGUUGCCGGUGCGGGGGUACCAGGUCACCCGGGCAGAAGUUUCUCACUUGGUCGCGCGGCUGCGGAAGAUGAAUUCGAAGAUGCGCCGCAGCGUGCCGGGCUUGGGUCCCGAUCGGGCCGAUAUCAUCGUCGCUGGGCUGGCGAUAAUCGACCGAAUCAUGCGCCACUUUCGCUUGAACCUCCUGCAGGUGCACUCCGGCGGGGUGAGAGACGGUCUGUUACUCAGCCUGGUGGAUGAGUCGCGGGGUGGCUCCAAGGAUGAUCCGCACGACCGUCAAGCGGUGAUCGAACGCUUUGCUGCCGCGUGUGGUGUUGAGGUGAAGCACGCCAAACACGUCGCCAAACUAGCCUGUAGUAUCCUCCAGCAACUCUCACACAUCUUUGAUGUCAGCGAAGCCGAUACACCCCUGCUCGAUGCGGCCGCGCAACUGCAAGAUGUUGGCUAUUUGAUCAACUACGAUCGCCACCAUAAGCACAGUUACCAUCUCAUUCUCAACAGCAACCUCAGCGGCUUUCGCCCGCAUGAGUUAGAGAUGGUGGCCAACCUCGCCCGCUACCAUCGCGGUGCGCGGCCCAAGAAGAAGCAUGCCAACUUCAAUCAGUUGAAUGCUUCCGACCGCCGUCGGGUCGAACAGUUGGCCUCGAUCCUCCGCGUUGCCGGUGGGCUCGAUCGCAGUCACAGUCAAUUGGUCGACGCGGUCGAAAUCGUACCGCGUAAACGGCACAUCGAACUGCUUGUGCACUGCGAUCAAUACCCUGAGGUCGACAUCUGGGGGGCACGACGACGGGCACCCCUGUUCGAAAGAGUCUUCGGUGUAACACUUGGCGUGCGUUGGGCGGGUCCGGCACCCCAGCACCCCGAAUCAACCACGGCCGACUCCUCGCUCGAUGCCGUCGAUCACAGUGCUUGA